GCUAUUAGCCAUCCAGCCACUGCCGUAGACGAUGAAGGGGAGAGUGUAUUGGAAAGGCACGUUGGAGAGGAGUUGUCUUCUGAUCCACCCAGGCAGCAGCAGAGUGGGGAGACUACAGUAAGAGCCAGGUUUCCCCAGCCACAAUCAGAUGAGGGAGAAGGCGACGAGUCUCUCUGCAUUCGACUCAUUCUGCCCAACAACUCGACCAUUAAUAUCAAUGCUCAGCGCAGCACAACACUUGGAGAUUUGAGAAGGAUGCACUUCCAGGAGCAGCUUUCUGAGCGGAGACCAAUUCGGUUCAUCUACCAGGGAAGGGUCCUGGAGAACGAUGCCCAAACUCUACAGGAGUUGGGUGUAGGUGCUCACCAUGCCAUUCACGUACACAUAGGGAGACCGAGACCCCUCAAUGGCCAGGAAAACCAGAACAUUGGUCCCCAGCCACCUGGGCAGAUGUUGGAUAUCUCCCAGCUAUUCCUGCCCCUGUUUGGACUCAUCAUAGCUAUAUGCUGGGUCUCCAUGUUCUGCUUCCCCUAUGUCUUUACUCUGGUCACAAAGAUACUGCUCUUUGUUCUGUCUCUUGUGUAUGUUUUUCUCACGUACAUUAUGACUCGGACAACUACAGCAUAGUAGUUCUAUUGUUUUCUAUUGCUGUGCAAUUCAACAAUAAAC